AUGCCAUUAAUACAAGUCACUUAUUCUCCAAGCAAUAGGUCUUGCUGUAGAAAUUGUUAUGAGAAGAUUGCUGAAAAUACUAUAAGGAUAGGGUAUUACGUGAAGAAGGGAGGAGGUUAUACAAACAUCCAAUGGUACCACGAGAAAUGUUUCACCAAAGCCAACUUAUGGGGAGUUACUGAUAUUGAAUUGACAGGGUUAGAGGAAUUGAGUGGGCAAGAUAGAUUAAGAGUAAAAGAGAAAUUCGAGGCUAUUUAGAGUAAGAAAAAUCCUGUAAAAUUUUGA